AUGGAAUUCGCAAAUAUCUUCCAACAAGCACUCGACCUUCUCGAAAAUCGCUUCCUCAACUUGGAAAUCAACGACAGCGGCCAGUUCCAGAUCUUUUUCUCCUUUUCUCCAAAUCAAGUUCGUCGACCACAAAUCUCCAUGACAGAGCACUUUCUUCAUUCCCAAAGACGUGGUCACGUUCUUAAUAUGAUCGAUAUCGAUUAUUUCAGGUACAAUUUUUUCCAACUGAUCGAUCUUGUCGUCCAGCCUACUACUUCCAAGCGAACGCAUCAUUGUGAAUAGAGCAUCAAUCGAUUGUUUAUUGAAGAACUUUUCAAAGAGAUCAUCGAAUGGAUUUUUCUCAAAGUGUUCUUUUUCUUCUUCGGAGAAUUUUGUGGCAGCUGCUUCCAGCUUGGCAAUGGCUUUUAA